AGAGCGCCAUAGCUACAUAGCCACCGCGGCAACUCAAUACGUCGUGAAGCUCGAUAGACACGUAUGUCAACUGCGAUUUUAAUGUGCCUUUCGCGAAUCGUGACAGCGUUCUCAUGGAACUUCUAAAACUAUGUGUGAUGUCCAUAAUGACAAUAGUUAGGUUAGGUCAUUCAUUAACUUUCUGGGCAUGAGGCCACGAGCUCGAUCCUUGGCCGCGGCAACCGCGAUGCGAAGGGGCCGCAUACAACAAAACCGCAGACCCAGUGAUCAAAACUAAUCGGGAGUUCCAUGCUAUGGCGUUUUCAUAGACCAAUGUUGGUCUAGGGACGUUAAGCUCUAAUAAUCAAUCGAAUACAAUUAUGUAUUCAGAAUACGAAAUCACGCGAAACGUGGCACACUUCACACGUUUGAAAAUCUAAAUUUUCCCGCGUAGAGUUUGCAACAACAUAUUUCCAACUCUGGAUAAAAAAAGGGAGAAGAAUAAUCGUGAAAGUUAAUUUUGUAAAAAUCGGUGACGAAAACAAAGACUCUGCAAAGACCGGCAAGGACAGUAGACAAACAUAUGACGUCACGCCUUCAUGUUUGGCUAAAGCAGUUUGGUUUCGUUCUCAUGCGUUUAUGCAUGGAGGAAUGAAAACGUAGGAAGGAGCUUCGCGUAACGCUAUUGAAACUGAUUGAAACCAAGACUGUCGUCCCAACAUGUGGUGAAAACGUCAGAGCACGGAGGAUACGUCUCGACAAAUUUCGAUUCAUGCUUCGACGCUGAGCAAAGCAUGGAGGAAAGAAAGGGGCUGUCGUCACGGGCCGUUUGCUUGCCAAGGCUGGCUGCGUGACAUUAUGCUCUCUCCCAACUUUUUCCUUCCUCCAUGCGUUUAUGCCAGUUUCUACCGCGCGGCGCGGGCUUGGAGCUGAACGUGAGCGUCAACAUCUCGCUCCAGUUAUUCUGAUGGCCGGCAUCCAGCAACUGGCAGGGCGCUUGGCCCUAGUCACAGGUGGUGGCAGUGGCAUCGGUCGCGCUGUGUGCAAGGCCUUGUCGCAUGAAGGGGCGCGCGUUAUAGCUGCCGACAUAAACAAGGAAGGUGCAGCGACUACGGUCAGCGACUUGCCAGGUUCCCAUGAACAUCGUGCUCUAGAAGUGGAUGUUGGAAGCUCCGAGUCUGUGUCGUCGCUGUUUGCCGAAAUCAAGAAGGCAUACUCUGCCCCUGUGAGCAUUGUAGUCAACUGUGCUGGUAUUCUCCGAGACACCUUCCUUAUGGACAUGACUGAGGAAGCAUUUGAUGAAGUCUUGAAGAUCAACCUAAAGGGGACAUACCUUGUGACCCAAGCUGCCGCUCGGGAAAUGGUCUUGUCUAAUGUGCCAAAUGGAGCAAUAGUGAACAUUUCCAGUAUUGUGGGAAAGACUGGAAACAUGGGUCAAUGUAACUACGCUGCUUCGAAAGCGGGCGUUGUGGGUUUCACGAAAACAGUUGCUCUGGAACUGGCCAAGCAUAAUAUCCGUUGCAAUGCCAUCAUGCCUGGCUUCAUAGACACACCUAUGGUUGCUAGUGUUCCAGAAAAAGUGCUGUUGAAGAUAAAAGGAAGAAUUCCUAUGGGACGUUUUGGUAAGCCAGAAGAGCUGGCCGAGGCAGUGCUUUUCUUGUGCUCUCCAGCCAGCUCCUAUGUGACUGGUUCAGUGCUUGAGGUCACUGGUGGUUUGUAUAUGUAGACAUGUGACAUGGUUUAUCUUCUUUGUGGUUUGCUAGGUAUAAAGGAUAAGAGUGGGGUUGAAGAUUAACGUUCAAUAGUCUGGCAAGGGGACAAGAAUCCGGAAUCGCCAGUCAGCCUCUAGAGUCUGUAAAGCAGUACGUUUAUCUAGGUCAUUUACUCACAGGGGACCCUGAUCAUAAGAAGGAAAUUUGCAGAAGAAUAAUACUUUGUUGGAGUGCAUAACGUAGGCAUUGCCAAAUCCUGACAGAGUUACCACUGUUGUUGAAAGGAAAAGUGUACAAUCAUUGCAUUCUACUGGUGCUAACAUAUGGGGCAGAAACUUGGAAGUAAACAAAGAAGCUCGAGAGCAAGUUAAGGACAGCACAAAGAGCAAAGGAACGAAAAAUGUUAGUCCUAACAUUAAGAGCCGAAGAGAGCGGUGUGGAUCAGAGAGCAAACGGGGUUAGCCGAUAUUCUAGUUGACAUUAAGAAGAAAAAAAAUGGAGCUGGGCAGACCAUGUAAUAACCUAACCUAAUCUAACCAAAGUUUCAUUGCAAGGCUUUCGGGGUGCGUUUUUGUGGCUUUUGAAAAACUUCUUAUCUCACAGGCACCAACUUGUGUCUAUUGGAAAAUUUCGUAGCAACCUGACCAAAAUUAAAGCUGGCAUCCCCCAAGGCUCAAUUUAAAGUCCGUUAUUAUUUAACUUAUAUUUCAACGAUUUAUCUAAUGUUGUGAACAUCAAAUUAUAUCAGUAUGCUGAUGACACUGUCCUUGUUUCGUACGCUCGAAGUUACACUGAUGUCAUCUUUUCUUUACAAAUGGCAACAACAAAAGUGAUGGACUGGUUUCGGAAUAAUGUAGUCGAUAUCAAUGGUAUUCUGAAGAUUGUUGCAUAUGAUGUCUCCCCCAAAUCUGAUGUGUUCAAAACUUUGUCUUUACCUGAUUUCAAUUCUUUGCUGCUGGAAACUGUUGUCUUGAAGCAUUUUUAGUUAAGCCAGUAUAAAAUUCCUUAUGUGCCUGUUCAUUGCCUGAGACCAAAGAAUCCCUUAUGUUACACCUCGUUGUAAGACGAGAUACGGUUGAAGACUCCGUAACCAUUAUGUCCCCGCAAUGCUUAAUUUACUUCCCCAAUGCAUACAAGACAGGAAGACGAAAUGUGGUCUCAGAAAGGCUCUUUAGACACAUUAAUGCGUGAUCGGAAAGCUGCCAUGUUUUCUUAUUUUCACUGUUGUCUGCAAGUUAAUAACGCUUUGCUGAUGGCUCUGUCGCUGACUGCCAGGCUCUGCCGUUCAAGCCCACUGAGGCUUUGGCAGGCCCGAUUCUUGCAUUGUAUUAUACACACGUCAUUAAUAAAGUAUUAGUAUUAUUAUUUUUGGAGGAAUUUGAGUCACAGGGCAGAAAGAUCAAAGGCUCCUUCUGUAUGUGAAAUUAAUGACUAAGAGACGACUUGCAGUAUGGAAAUAAAACAUCCAUUGCAUUGCA